AUGUCGAGAUCCGGGGACAGGACCUCCACCUUCGACCCCAGCCACAGCGACAACCUGCUGCACGGCCUCAACCUGCUGUGGAGGAAGCAGCUGUUUUGCGACGUGACCCUGACGGCCCAGGGCCAGCAGUUCCACUGCCACAAGGCCGUGCUGGCCUCCUGCUCGCAGUACUUCCGGUCGCUCUUCUCCAGCCACCCUCCUCUUGGGGUUGGGGUCGGCGGCCAGGACGGCCUGGGGGCCCCCAAGGACCAGCAGCAGCAGCAGCCGCAGCAGCCGCCUCCACAGCAGCAGCAGCCGCCGCCUCAGGAAGAGCCCGGGACUCCUUCCUCCUCCCCCGACGACAAGCUGCUGACCAGUCCCCGGGCCAUCAACAACCUGGUGCUGCAGGGUUGCUCGUCCAUCGGGCUGCGCCUGGUGCUCGAGUACCUCUACACUGCCAACGUGACCCUCUCCCUAGACACAGUGGAGGAGGUGCUGUCGGUCAGCAAGAUCCUGCACAUCCCCCAGGUCACCAAGCUCUGCGUGCAGUUUCUCAACGACCAGAUCUCGGUGCAGAACUACAAGCAGGUGUGCAAAAUCGCGGCGCUGCACGGCCUGGAGGAGACCAAGAAGCUGGCCAACAAGUACCUGGUGGAGGAUGUGCUGCUGCUUAACUUCGAGGAGAUGCGCGCCCUGCUGGACUCGCUGCCGCCCCCCGUGGAGUCGGAGCUGGCGCUCUUCCAGAUGUCCGUGCUUUGGCUGGAGCACGACCGAGAGACCCGCAUGCAGUACGCGCCUGACCUCAUGAAGCGCCUCCGCUUCGCGCUCAUCCCGGCCCCAGAGCUGGUGGAGCGGGUCCAGUCGGUGGAUUUCAUGCGCACUGACCCGGUCUGCCAGAAGCUGCUGCUGGACGCCAUGAACUACCACCUGAUGCCCUUCAGGCAGCACUGCAGGCAGAGCCUGGCCAGCAGAAUUCGCUCUAACAAGAAAAUGCUGUUGUUGGUUGGAGGGUUGCCUCCUGGACCGGACCGGCUCCCCAGCAAUUUGGUUCAGUAUUAUGAUGAAGAAAAGAAGACGUGGAAAAUACUCACAAUUAUGCCAUACAACAGUGCCCACCACUGUGUUGUGGAGGUAGAAAACUUCUUGUUCGUGUUGGGCGGAGAGGACCAGUGGAACCCCAAUGGAAAACACAGUACAAAUUUUGUCAGUCGAUAUGAUCCCCGAUUUAAUAGCUGGAUUCAACUUCCACCCAUGCAAGAAAGAAGAGCCAGUUUCUAUGCAUGUCGGUUGGACAAACACUUAUAUGUGAUUGGUGGAAGGAAUGAAACUGGCUACUUGUCCAGCGUGGAGUGCUAUAACCUAGAAACAAAUGAAUGGCGUUAUGUGUCCUCAUUGCCACAGCCCCUGGCAGCUCACGCAGGAGCAGUGCACAACGGGAAAAUAUACAUUUCAGGGGGUGUUCACAAUGGGGAAUAUGUCCCAUGGCUAUACUGUUAUGACCCUGUAAUGGAUGUCUGGGCUCGAAAACAAGAUAUGAACACAAAACGCGCAAUCCACACUUUGGCUGUAAUGAAUGAUCGCUUGUAUGCAAUUGGAGGAAAUCAUUUGAAAGGUUUCUCCCACCUUGAUGUCAUGCUUGUGGAAUGCUAUGACCCAAAAGGUGACCAGUGGAACAUUCUCCAGACCCCCAUUUUGGAGGGCCGAAGUGGUCCUGGCUGUGCAGAGCUUGAUGACAGCAUUUACCUUGUCGGUGGCUAUAGCUGGAGCAUGGGAGCCUACAAGUCAUCUACAAUAUGCUAUUGUCCAGAGAAAGGAACCUGGACAGAACUCGAAGGCGAUGUAGCAGAACCACUCGCGGGCCCUGCCUGUGCAACAGUCAUCCUGCCCGCCUGUGUACCGUACAACAAAUAACACCAGGAAGCCUUGGAGUGAACAUUACCGCAUUCUGGGAAGCAAUGACAAGUGAUAUCGCCAUUAUGAUUGAAACAAUGCAUUCUAAUGAUCCAACCGCCGAAACCCACCCUUGGUUUCUGAUGAAUGAUUUACAAGUAACCACAAAUGAAAGUGACCUGUUCUUGAACAGAUACUGUGUCAGUAACUCGGAUCACACCAAACUUCCCGUGGUGACAAACUCUUCUAUUUCAGACUGGUUUUAACUUGUCCCAGCUUUAAAAAAACUUCUCACGUGGAUUUUAACUUUCAAAAGGAGAGAGAUAAAAUACUGAAGACUUCCCCCAGAGAAACCUAAGAUCAGUAUUGUGCAUUGUAGUCUACCUGCAUGCGAUCUAUGUUGAAGUUUUGGGGAUAUUGUGUUCAUGAACGAUUCAAAAUUUGACCCACCUAAAGACGUACACAGCAUUACAGAAAUUGCCACUUGAUUCUGUAUUCCUAACCUUUGGCUACUUCACAGACUCCAUAAGCAACACAGUCUAGAAAAUCGUAUAAGAUUAAAGAGGGGCAUUUUCAUUUCUAUACAACUUCAUUUUAUAUACCUUCUGCCCUUACAACACCUCAUGGGACCAGAGAAGAAAAGAUGUCUCCUGUAGCAAUUGCUUUCUGCCCUAUGGGUUCUAGGUUAGCCAGAGUCAUAAUGUUUGUGUCCUCAACCUUAUCUGAAAGAUUAAAACAAAAUACACUACGCCACUAUUCAGUUCAUGGAGGCUGGUGCUUUCUCGUUUUCUGUAUUUUCUGUAGUAUCUAAGCAGCAAACAUACCAGUUAUUUGCCUGACAAAUUAAGUUAUACAAUUUUGAAGAGGUUCUAUUGGUCAACACAUCUGACCCAAACUUAACCAACCAUUAUAAAAACUGGGAAAUUCCUGUCAGAUAUUUAGCGACAAAAAGAAUGAAUAAUUCCUUUUAAGUAUGAUCUCAGUUGGCUCUCUGUCCCCAAAAAACACGAUAUUGCUUAAAUGAAUGCUCAGGAAAAGCACAUGACUUACCCUCAAUACUCCUCCAAUUCAUCAUAUUUUCUUUUUUUGUUUGUUUAUUGUUGUAGUUUAAAUGAAGAUUACAUUUCAAGUUAGUGUCC